UAUUACAUUUAAGAAAUGUAUUCGUUUUUAGUGCCGUACUUCCCAUUUUGGGACCCAAUUCUGUUCUUCUGGAAGAUGCGAGAUCAAGAUAACAUCCUAUUUAUGACGUACGAAGAAAUGAAACGGGACCAAGUGGCGGCGAUUAAGAAGACAGCAAAGUUUUUAGGCAAACCCAUAACAAACGAGCAAGUCAUCGAGCUGAGUGAACACUUAAAGUUCUCCAAAAUGCAGGCCAAUCCGUCGGUGAAUCUACCUUUGCUGCUAAGUGACAACAACGGGAUGAAGGCAAAUAAUUCGGAUUUCAUGUUUAUCAGAAAAGGCAAAGUCGGCGAUUGGAAGAAUCACAUGUCGGAGGAACUCGCCCAGCGAUUCGACAAGUGGAUAGAGGACAAUCUCCGCGGGACCGGCCUAAAGUUUGAUACGGACUUUAUGCCCGACGAAGAAUGAGGAGCUUCGCAUUCCCCGCGUAAAACAGAUAAUUUUUAUUUUAUAAAUUUACAUUGCAAUCGUAUAAUUAUUGCAUCGUGAUUGAUUUGCCAUGGAAAUUUGUUAACAAAAACAAAAACAGUAAACAUCGCAAGAGAACCCGAUUAAUGAUGAGAAAUUGUGAAUCUGAAACCGAUUAAUAAUUCCCACUAAAUUUCAGAAUAGAAUCUUAUUUGCGAGUUUAUUUCUGUGGUUUAUAAUUUAAUAUACGCAAUUUUAUAUAUUUUUUAUAAUUGUUUUUCUAAUUCAUCAAAUAUGCUACUUUUUGUAUUACAUGAAAAACUUAUAAAUCGAAAAUGGAUUCAAUAUGUAUAAUACAUCUAUCCUCAUAUAUUUCUAUUAAAAAUAUUAAC